AUGGACGGAAAUCGUAGAUAUGCUAAGAAAAAUAGCGUUGAAUGUACUGUGGGACAUUACAAGGGUUUUGAUAAGCUCUCAGAGUGCUUAAAGUGGUGUCUAGAUCUAGGGAUACCACAAGUAACAGUCUAUGCUUUCAGCAUUGAAAACUUCAAGAGAAGUAAAAAAGAAGUUGAUGCUUUAACAGAAUUAGCAAAAGAAAAAUUUCAGCGCCUCUUAGAUGAAAUAGAUCAAAUAAAUGAAUGGGGAGUGAGAUUGAAUGUUGCCGGCCGACUCUGUCUUUUUCCACAUGAUCUACAAGUGUUAAUUUCUAAAGUUAUGCUAGCUACAAAACAUAAUAACAAGUUGCAACUUAAUAUUGCAUAUGCAUACACUGGUCGCGAUGAAAUUAGUCGAGCAGCUUCUCAUAUAGUGGAUGGUUUAAAACAAAAAGAAAUAUCGCCGGAUGAUGUCAAUGAACAUUUGAUGUCGCAGGCAUUAGAUCUCGGGGAGCCAGAUCUUUUAGUUCGUACUUCUGGAGAGGUUCGGCUAUCGGAUUUUAUGUUGUGGCAGAUAUCAAACACCGUACUGUACUUCACCAAUGUAUUAUGGCCAGAAUUCUCCAUAUGGAAUCUAUUAGCAGCCAUUAUACACUUCCAAAGACAUUCACCCCCAAUAAUUGAGGAAAAGGAAAAUUCUCCUGUUAUAGAGAAAUUCUUGAAAAAGCUGGAAGAUACAAAAUGGCAACAAUUAGAGAAAAUUGUUGCCUGUUAA